AAGUUGCUUCGAUUCAGUACUGUCCUUAUCCUUUGACCUCAUUUGUGGUGUGAUCUCAGUAUAAGACCUCAUUGACCGAUCAAUGUGACGAGAAAAUUUUAGUUACCACAAAUAUGGCCCAUUAUCGCCUCUUUUCCGCUUGGCAGCUACUUUAGUGCAACUCUUAAGAUACCCGUCAAAGUUGGUGGACUUUCCCAGUGUAUUUCCCUUGAUUUAUGAAACAUAAAGAGUGGAAUGAAUUUAUUUCAAAUUGGAGAAUUGAUCGGUUUUACCAAUUUGGAAAUAAUAAUUUUUUCACAAAAAUAUACCCACGUCAUUGUAAUACGCAGCAAAGACAAUAAAUUAUAGUACGAAAACUUUCCUUUCGAAUGGUUUAAUUAUGAGGCAUCACGGAACGUCAUCCUCACGCUGUCAGAGAAAAGCAUUUCCAUUCGUAUUUGCACGCAGUAGCUUGGGGUGCACGAUAUUUCUACUUUGCUGCUUAAAUUUGUCGAUCAUAUGUGGUUUAGAGUCAUCCAAUGCAAGUUACGUCGAUGAAUGCAGACUCGAUUGCGCGAGACUCCGGGAGCCCUUCUCGUGCGGAAAAUUCAGAGCUGUUCAAUGGCUUCACAACCUAACCACGCACAAGGAUAUCCGCUACGGGUCUUUCCGGUUGAUUCGAUUAUCCUCAGUGAUGGAGGAAUCUGUUCUUCCUGAACUUCCGAGAUUCCGAGGCUUCGAAAGUUACUCAAAGUUUUUGACUUUCUUGCGAUCCAGUGUCGAUGACAUGUUGACCCGUCGAGCAUUGGUUUAUACCGUGGAGCAGCCUUCGAUCGCGAGGAGCUUUUCGUCCGGGCCAACGAUCCUGGACACGGAUGAGCUGGAAGAAUUCCUCGAAAGCGGAAGAUCGUCUGAAGCUCGCUUGCUGCACAAGAAGAAGAAGAAGACGCUCUCGGUUAUUUUGCCGCUGCUUAUCCUCCUGAAGAUCAUCAAGUUGAAAUUAAUAUUGUUACCGAUUUUGAUCGGUGUGCACUUCAUUAAGAAAAUCCUCAUUAUCGGAGCUCUUGCGAUAACGUCGAUCCUCGCCAAUCUUAAAUACUGCAGGCUUCCUCCGGCGAAUCACCACCCAGUUGCCUACAGUGCCUGGUCUACAGCUGCCGAAACACCGAUGGAUUUUACAGCCACCGGGCAUGAGGAUGAUGGCUGGAGUCAGAAAAUUGACGUGAUGGCUACGCAUGAGCCGAUUGUCGCCAGCAUUCAACGGCAUCCGUACCGAGCGUAUUUGCCAAUUUUAAAACAACAACAGAUUCAUAACACAGUGUAAGCAGGCUGAAGACGCUAACGAUUUCUUCAAAGAGAGUUGAGAAGUCUGUUUUUCAACCAUCGAAUCGGCGUCUGCCAAGGAUUAUCGAUCGAUGUUCAACAUCGAUAUCAAACUGGUCUUUACAUGUUAGACGGACUGAGAUCGAGAGAAUGCUGUUCAAGUGGCAUUUUUAUUUUCACACUAUUAGUUUUGACAUGACUCAUUCGUUCACGGGGCCCGUGAGUUUAAACCUAAUUAUAUCUGUAGAUAGAUGUUUUUAUGUAUUUAUUUAUCAUAGAUUAACUUAUUGACACAGCUGACAGUGAUCGAUCGUUGAUGCUACCUUUUUGAAAUCAUGUUGUGAUUGCGAAAACUUUGCAAUUUCUCCAACACUCUUCAGGUGUUCAAAAAUUUACAACAAUAUUCUAAGAAGGUAGAAUCAACAAUCGUAAUUAUCUCUCGGAUUUAUAGUUUUGUAGCAGUGGUAGUAAAAUCUGCAUCUUUUUCUUUAUAAAUGAUAAGCUCUUAUCUAUUGUUGUUAACAUCGAGACGAUGGCGAGUGCCAUUAUUAUCUAAGUCGCAAUGUACAAUUCAGCUAAUUAAACUGAUGAUUAACGACUUAUGGACUGUAAAUUAAAAUUUCAUCGCAAAAUUAA